CAUCAAAAAACACCCAAAAAAAAAUAAUUCUCCCUUCUCCUGUGUUUUCUUAAAUUGCAAAAAAAAAAAAAAUGAAGAGUAACACAAACACAAAAGUGAUCGUGUUUCAUCACCCCUCCAUUGCAUCAAAAUCCGCCGCCAUUCAUCACCACCACCGCCUCUGGUUCAUCUUCUUCCUCUCACUCUUCACUCUCGUCUUCUCCUUCACCCUCUUUACCUCUUCUCUCCACUCCUCCUCCGUCGUAUCCCCAUCUUUCCCGCCGCCCAUCUCCGCCGCACUCCUCCAAUACGUCUCCUCUGCCUCCGCCGCCGCAAACUCCUCCAUGUCCCUCUCCGAACUCUCCGCCGUCUCCACCGCCAUUCGCUCACUUUCCGGCGUCGACGGAGGUGUCAACCUCCUCGUCUUCGGCCUCACCCACGAAUCCCUCCUCUGGAGAUCCAUCAAUUUCCCCGGCCGGACCGUCUUCGUCGAUGACAGCUCCUACGCCGUCUCCAAGUUCGAGCAGACAAAUCCCGGGGUCGAAGCCUACGACAUCGUUUUCUCCUCCAGGGUCUCUCAGGCGGGAGAGCUCCUCCGUUAUUACAGGACACGACAUGACUGCCGACCAGUUCAGAACCUCUUGUUCUCCGAUUGCGAGCUUGCCAUCAACGACCUCCCCAAUUUUUUCUACGACACCGAUUGGGAUGUGAUUCUGGUUGACGGGCCAAGUGGGUUCUCCGGCGAAUCUCCGGGGAGGAUGUCAGCGAUCUUCACAUCGGCGGUUUUGGCGAGGAGCAAACGAGAAGGAAAGAACAAGAAGACGGAUGUCUUCGUGCAUGAGUUCGGGAGAACAGUGGAGAGAGUUUACAGUGAGGAGUUUCUCUGCGAGGAGAAUCUGGUGGAAGUCGUCGGAGAAUUGGCGCAUUUCUCGGUGGAAGCGGAGGCGGGGGGCGGCGGAACUGGUUCGCCGGAAAUUAUUCGGUUUUGUCGGAACUCAACGAGGUUGUCUGAGCCUUUCGCGCCGGUGAUUGGUGGCGAGGAUGACGAAGACGGUGGUGUUAACGCUGACUGAUCGACUUCAGUGUACAUCUGGGGCUCUUUUGUAAUUAACGUAGUUUUCGAGGGUUAAUGUUCAGUGUGUGUUUUUUUAAUUUUGAAACAAAGUCAAACUUUGAGGAAAAAAUGUCUGGAGCGAAUCUAAAAGCAAUUGAUGAAAAGCAUCAAACUAUAAAAGA